AUGGGACCCUUCCCUCCCUCACAUUCAAACAACUACAUUCUAGUGGUAGUGGAUUAUGUGUCCAAGUGGGUGGAAGCUAUGGCUCUACCCACUAAUGAUGCCAAAGUAGUGAUGAGCUUUCUUCAAAGAUAUAUUUUUAGCCGGUUUGGUGUCCCAAGGAUGCUCAUUAGUGAUGGUGGAAGUCACUUCUAUAAUAGACAGUUGGACUCACUUUUGCAGAGAUAUGGAGUCCGUCAUAAAGUGGCAACCCCCUAUCACCCUCAGACAAGUGAACAGGUUGAAGUUUCCAACAGGGAACUCAAGAGGAUUCUAGAGAAGACCGUCAGUGUUUCAAAAAAGGACUGGUCUAGGAAGCUUGAUGACGCUCUCUGGGCAUACCGGACAGCGUACAAGACUACCAUUGGCAUGUCUCCUUAUCAAUUGGUCUAUGGCAAAGCCUGUCACUUUCCAGUUGAGCUGGAGCAUAAAGCAUACUGCGCAAUCAGGUAUCUGAAUCUUGAUUCAGAAGCUGCAGGAAUUAAGCGAAUGCUUCAGUUGAAUGAGCUUGAUGAAUUUAGAUAUUCAGCUUAUGAGAAUGCCAAGCUCUAUAAGGAGAGAACCAAGUUAUUGCAUGACAAGAAGAUUGCCAUCAGAGUCUUUGAGCUAGGACAGAGAGUACUUUUGUAUAAUUCAAGACUCAAACUCUUUUCCGGAAAGCUAAAAUCCCGGUGGUCAGGACCGUUUGUGGUUACCAGAGCUUCACCAUAUGGUCAUGUGGAAUUACAGGAAGAGAAUUCUGACAGGAAAUUCACAGUGAAUGGCCAGAGGUUGAAGCAUUAUCUUGGAGGCGAGAUUGAUCGCCAGAGGUCCGCUCAUUUGCUGAAUUAG